UGUGAUUUGCGAAAAAGUUGUCGAAUGUGGUUACCAUAGAAAAAUAAUGUAGAAUCUUCUCAAUUCUCAUGAAAAUAGUAAUUAAAAGUUAAUUAUUGUUGUAAUAACCCAAACCGUAAAGUAUUUACAUGAAGUGUAGUGAUAAUGAGUGCAUCCACAUCUGCCACUACGCCAAGCGCGGGACAACAUGCUAGCGCUCCCAGUUCAACUAGCAAUCAAAAUCAAUUCGUAAUCGCCACAUGUCGAAGAAACAGAGACGUGGCUGUCGAUUCUAGUUCUAAUGCCAAUCCAGAAACUACUGAUGAUUCGGACUCGGACGAGAAACUGCUGGUAGUCUACAGUCGCUCAGGCAAGCUGGGUGCUGCCUACUACACCCUGCAAACUGGAGAGCUCUUCAUCCUGGACGAGAUAGUGGACCGUCCACCAGAGUACCAGAUGUUCCUGAACCUAUACCGACAGGUGUCGCCGGCGCGUCUGGUGCUGGACGGCAAGACGCAGGGCGCUUUCGUCAACACCGUAAAACAAACCGUCUUCCACAACGAUUGCAGCGAUGAGGGACGAUGUCGACUGGUGUUUGUCUCGGCGAGGGAGUAUAGUUUCGAAGCUUGCAAGCGUCGCAUUAUCUCACUCUCUCUACCAUACGAGCCAGCCCAUUGCACAGAAGAAGAACGCACGUUGUUCCUACGAACCGUCGUGGAUUUCAACCAGACCCAAAGCGUGCAUGCCCUGGGCGCUCUGCUCAGAUAUUUAGAUCUCAACUGGACUAACCUGAACUUUGAUAUGCAGAGUAAACCCCAGUUCUUUAGUUUGAGGAAGAUUUCACUGGAGGACAUAGUGACAAUAGACGAGGACACGUAUCGGGGUCUGCAGAUCUUCAGCGCGGUGGCGCACCCCAGCGGGUUCAAGAAGGGCGUGCAGGGCUCCAACAAGGAGGGGCUUAGCCUCUUCCACGUCUACAGCAAGUGCUGCUCCAAGGUCGGACACAGUCGGAUGAGGGUCCUAUUUCAACACCCAACGACUGACUUGGCGACACUAACAAGGCGACAAGACGUGGUUGCAUUUUUUAUGAGACCACAGAGUGAUUCCAUCAUGAGGAACAUCUGCUCUUCUCUACGGUUCAUCAAGAACGUCAAUGGAAUUCUAGCGAAAAUUAAAGCGCUGUCGGCUAAACCACACCAAUGGAAAUCCCUUUACAAUACCUUAUACAAUGCAGUGCUGAUUUGUGAGAUGUGCGAGGGCGUGAGUGAAGCCGGAGAAUUCUUGGAGCAACUGGCUUCUUGCGAUAAUAACAAAUUAUAUGAAAUGGCGCUAUAUAUGAACCGGAUUAUAGACUUCGAUCUUAGUAAAACUGAAGGGAAGUUUACUGUCAAAGCUGGAGUCGACCCUGAACUGGACUUGAAGAAGCAAACAAUGGCGAGUCUACACGGCCUAAUGUCAGAGACGGCGAAGGUAGAGUUGGAUCGUCUCCCAACUUUCAUAGAAGAAUGCAGCAUGGUGUACAUGCCACACUUGGGGUACCUGCUGGGGGUCAAAGCCUGGGCUGACAACCUUACCAUGGAGCAGAAGGAACUGCCUGAUAUGAAGUUCAUGUUUCAAAAUAAUGAUUACAUCCACUACAAAAGUAAAGGAUGCGAAGAGCUGGAUGUAAUGAUUGGCGAUACUUACCCGGAGAUAGUGGCACACGAAACACGGAUAAUGAUGCGUCUAACUACCCUCAUAAUGGAAAACCUGGACACCCUCGCCUCUGUUAUCAAUAAAUGUGCUGAACUGGACUGCCUAAUAGCAAUAUCGAAGAUCUCUAAAGAAUUCAACUUCGUUCGACCCACACUCACAACAGACAAGGUAAUAGACAUCAAGCAAGGGAAGCAUCCAUUGCAAAUUAUAACCUGCGACAACUUCGUGCCAAAUGACGCUAAGUCCAGUAGUCAAGCGGGGUUCGUCAAGAUACUCACUGGACCUAAUUCCAGUGGCAAAAGUGUCUACAUGAAGCAAAUUGGUCUGAUAGUCUACCUGACGCACAUAGGCAGCUUCGUUCCAGCAGAGUCGGCUACUAUCGGCAUAGUGAGCCACAUCUACACCAGAAUCCAAUCCACGGAGUGCAUCGCUGCUCACAUGUCAGCAUUUCUCAUAGAUUUGAGACAAAUGGCUCUGGCGCUUCAAGAAUCCACAUCCAACUCCCUGGUCAUAAUAGACGAGUUUGGCAAGGGCACAUCUGAAGUUGACGGUCUUGCGCUUCUAGCGGCCUGUCUAAACACAUUCCUCUUCCAAGGAGAGAACUGUCCACAUGUGUACCUGUCUACGCACUUCUUGAACAUCAAGGAGUAUAUCGUCAACUCGCCGAUUGUUAAGUUUUUGCAAUUCGAGCACAUGGUACAAGACGGCGAGCCGGUGUUCCUAUUUCGCGUAACUGAAGGUGGUGUAGAGAGCAGCUUCGCACAUCAGGUGGCAGCUGCUAGUGGUAUCGAUGCCAGGAUUGUGCGGCGAGCUGGACUUGUCCGGAGCGCCUUGAUGAAAAACGCUCUCCCGCCUGAAAACAAGAGGAUCACAGCGAAACUCAAGUCGUAUACGGAAAUAAUAAAGACGGAACUUCUCACAGAAGAUAUUUAAUAAAAUUCAUUCAAUAGCAAUGUAUACGACAAUCUGCUUAACUAACAACAAU